UGGUGGCCAUUUUUUUCAGUUUCCAGCUUCAGCCCGGCCUGUCUGUCUGUUUUAGCUGGUUUUAGGUCUGACUCUGUUUUAAGCUUCAUUAGUUUGUGUUUGUCCAGGAAUGGAGAGGAUGGCCUCCCCUUCCAGCGAGAAACCCGUAGGGUCUAAAAAGAAAAACGAGAAGAAAAUUGCGUCUAAGGAGGAAUACAGACUGCUGUCAAACAUCAUGGGAGUCAUGAAUAACUUGAGAAAGCAGGGGAUUCUGUGUGACGUGAUACUCGUGGUGCAAGGGAAACAUAUCCUCGCACACAGGGUGGUCCUGGCGGCUGCGAGCCACUUCUUCAACCUCAUGUUCACCACCAACAUGAUGGAGGCCACAAACCAUGAGGUGGAGCUUGGAGGUGCAGAGCCUGAGAUCAUUGAGCUGCUGGUGGAAUUUGUCUACACCGCCCGCAUUUCUGUCAACAGUAACAAUGUCCAGUCUCUCCUCAAUGCCGCUAACCAGUACCAGAUAGAACCAGUGAAGAAAAUGUGUGUGGACUUUCUGAAAGAGCAAGUAGACGCAACUAACUGUCUUGGCAUCAGUGCGCUGGCAGAGUGCCUUAACUGUCCGGAGCUGAAGACUGCAGCGGAUGAAUUCAUCUAUCAGCACUUUACAGAUGUGUACAAACUGGAUGAGUUCUUGCAGCUGGAUGUGAAGCAGGUCACACAUCUUCUCCAUCAGGACACGCUGACCGUCAGGGCCGAGGAUCAGAUUUACGACGCGGCUGUGCGGUGGCUGAAGUAUGACGUGAUGAACAGGCAGCAGUACAUCGUGGACAUACUGAGCAAAGUACGGUUCCCCCUCGUCUCCAAGAACUUCCUCAGUAAGACCGUACAGGCAGAGCCUCUGAUCCAGGACAACCCCGAGUGCCUCAAAAUGGUCAUCUGCGGAAUGCGUUACCAUCUCCUGUCCCCUGAGGACAGAGAGGAACUGGGGGAGAGCAGCCGCCCGCGCCGCAAGAAGCACGACUUCCGCAUCGCGCUGUUCGGCGGCUCACAGCCACAGUCCUGCCGCUACUUCAACCCCAAGGACUACAGCUGGACCGACAUCCGCUGUCCCUUCGAGAAACGGCGGGAUGCCGCAGCCGUUUUCUGGGACAAUGUGGUGUACAUCCUGGGAGGCUCUCAGCUCUUCCCCAUCAAAAGAAUGGACUGUUAUAACGUGGUAAAGGACAGCUGGUACUCUAAACUGGGACCUCCCAACCCCAGAGACAGCCUGGCAGCCUGCGCCUCCAAAGGCAAGAUCUACACCUCAGGAGGAUCAGAAGUGGGAAGCUCGGCGCUGAACCUGUUUGAGUGCUACGACACUCGGACGGAGACGUGGCAGAACAAGCCCAGCAUGUUGCAGCCUCGGUGCAGCCACGGCUCUGUGGAGGCCCACGGCCUCAUCUACGUGUGCGGAGGCAGCCUGGGCAACAAUGUGUCCGGCAGAGUCCUGAACAACUGCGAGGUGUAUGACCCCAACACAGAGGAAUGGAGAGUGCUGUGCGGUAUGAGGGAAGCCAGGAAGAACCACGGCCUGGUAGUGGUCAAUUCAAGGAUCUAUGCUGUGGGCGGACAGAAUGGCCUUGGUGGUCUGGACUCGGUGGAGUAUUACGAGAUAGGCAGUAACGAGUGGAAAAUGGCUUCGCCGAUGCCGUGGAGAGGAGUCACCGUUAAAUGUGCGGCGGUGGGUUCAGUCAUUUAUGUGCUGGCCGGCUUCCAGGGAGUGGGCCGCUUGGGGCACAUCAUGGAGUACCACACAGAGACAGACAAAUGGGUGACCUCUAGCAAAGAGCGCGCCUUUCCUGUCACCAGCUGCCUCAUCUGUGUGGUGGACACCUGCGGAGCCAAUGAGGAAGACGUGAGCUCUUUUCAUGAACCUUCAGCAUCAUCAUCAUCAUCAGCUGCAGCAGCAGCAACAGCAGCAGCAGCUUCUUCCUCCUCCUCCUCCUCCUCAUCAUCGUCCUCAGCUUCUGCAGGGCAUGGACAGUGCUGAGGUUGGACAACAUAGACUUCAGUGUAUUCAUCCUUUUAUGUACAGGCUUGUGUUUUUUUAAUGUUUUUAAUCAUGGCAUUGCCGAUAGAGAAAGCAAACCGAAAAGGAAUCUUGCAUCACUGCGUUACUUGAGCUGAACAAAACUCUCUGAACAUCAGCUUUGAAGGGAAAUUCCAUUGAUGUUUCACAUUUUCUCUGUAAUGAAAUGGUUAAGAUGUAAGCAAAGUUGUCAAAAUGUGUCACAGUGGUGGUGAUAGGAACCAGAUGUCUGCAGAGUUUAGUGCUGCUAAAAGCUCCCUCAUGCAAAGUUAUUAUAUAAAAUGAUUGUGAAUACUUUGCCUGAUGCCUGAGACAUUGUUUUAUAAUAGUUAGAUGAAGAUGUUGCCCUUUUAAAUGUAUGCAUGGCGAAGAGAACACGCAAGCCAAAAUAGUCCCCAAAGAAAACGUUUUUUUUUUUUUUUUUCCCCAGAUUUACCAUCAUCAGCAUUGCAUACAAAAGCUUAGAAGACAUAUGUAGGUUCACUGAUGGUUUCAGAUAGUAAAUUAAAUGGCUAUAUUUGUGCUGUAGAUGUCAUGACCUGUGGUUCCUAUCCCCACCACUGUCAAGACAUCAAAAUGUGAAGAUCUGAAGAUUCGGUUCAUUUCUCCACAAUGAACCAAUCCUCCUUAGACCACACUGAUCAAGUUUGUUUACAUCUUAACAAUUUAUUUAUGCAGAAAGUUAAAAAAAAUCGAGGGAAUUCCCUGUUUUUGUGCCCUGUUGAUAUCAUGCUAGUUUGAUCAUUGCUGAAGAGCAUUAGGGGAUUAUUAAGCGGGACAUCAUGAUUCCUGUUUUCUUAAACUUAA